CGCCAAACACAACUUACAGACAUCGAAUCCUGUCGGAAUUUUCCACCCCAAGAUUCGUCAGUAGGCGAUCGAGAAUCUCCGACGAUGGAACCAGAGGUAAUUAGAGAUAAAGAAGCGAUGAGGAGAUGGUCGAGAGUCGUGAGAUCGAAAGGGAAGACGAUUGGUUUGGUUCCGACGAUGGGUUUCCUCCACGACGGUCACUUGUCUCUCGUCCGUCAAUCCCUAACCCUCGCCGACGUCACCGUCGUCUCAAUCUACGUCAACCCAGGCCAGUUUUCUCCCUCCGAGGACCUCUCUACUUACCCCUCUGAUUUCUCCGGCGAUCUCGCCAAGCUCGCCGCCCUUCCUUCCUCCGCUUCCGAUGUCAUAGUCGUGUUCAACCCGAGAAACCUCUACGACUACGACGGAGACGAAGGCCGGAGGAAGAAGACAAACGGCGGCGGGAGGGUUGUGAGCUGCGUUGAGGAAGGUGGGUUAGGGCAUGAGACGUGGGUUAGAGUUGAGAGAUUGGAGAAAGGUUUGUGCGGGAAGAGCAGGCCUGUGUUCUUCAGAGGGGUUGCUACAAUCGUCACCAAGCUUUUCAAUAUCGUUGAGCCUGAUGUUGCUGUCUUUGGGAAAAAAGAUUAUCAGCAAUGGCGGCUUAUCCAGAGAAUGGUUCGGGAUCUUGAUUUUGGGAUAGAGAUAGUAGGAUCAGAUAUAGCUAGAGAAAAAGAUGGACUUGCGAUGAGCUCUAGGAAUGUUCGUCUUUCAGCUGAAGAAAGGCAAAGGGCUUUGUCUAUAAGUAGGUCACUGGCCAUGGCUAAAGCUUCUGCAGCAGAAGGGGAAACCAGUUGUACUGAGCUUAAGGAUAUGAUCAUUCAAGAACUUGUUAAAGCUGCAGGACGAAUUGAUUAUGUCGAGAUUGUUGAUCAAGAAACUCUCGAAGGAGUAGAAGAGAUAAAGAGUGGAGUAGUGGUUUGUGUUGCUGCCUGGUUUGGAACGGUCAGGCUCAUAGACAAUAUCGAGAUCAGUGUCUAGAUCUAAUUGUCUGCAUCAAUUUUUCAACUUGGGAAGCAUCUAAAGAUAGUGAAUUUGAAUUACAGUGUUUGUCUGAAAGAGACAGGUUGGAAACACGAAUGAUAUAAUUCCACAUUCCAAAUGUCUCUUCAUUGUAACCUCACUGUUUUUCUCUACGCAAGUAAUAAAUAAAUUAUACUUGUUAUAGGGCCCAUGCAGCUGCAGCUGUGUAAACAUGAUAAGAGAUGUGGAAAAGGUUGUGAUUUAGAUUCUAAAAGCAACACCAAGAGCAUGGUACUCGUUUUAAAUCAAUACCAAGAGUAUGUUGUUUGUUACCUACAGUUGGGAGUUUAAAACCAUUCUGAAUGACUCUACCAUAGUGUUCAUC